AUCCCUCUCCGUACUGCGACUAACCAUUUGUAUUUGGGGAACCCGUUGGACUGCGACUCCAAGCGCUGACCAAGCGUCAGUUGUUUUCAUUCCGCCGCCGAGAGCAGACGCGUUUUCGCCAGCUCUUCGAUAACAUUAGUUCGCGUCGCUUUAUCCUCGGUCGAAUCCAGUAAACAUUCCGCGGAGAAAUUUUCAAAAGUAGUAUACAACAAAAUUAAAUCGCGUAAGACGCCAGUGCGAUCAAAACAAAACGGGUAAUAAAUCUGCAAUCACACGACCAUGCGUGCAUAAAGAGGAAAAAGUAUCAAAAUCCAGAAUCAUAAAAAAAGAAAGAAAACACAACAAUAAUAAUCGCAACGCUGGCAUAAAAGCAGCAGCAAAAAGAAGAGUGUAAAAAAAAUAUAAAUAAAUAAGCAAGCGGCGGCAAAGAGAUCCAGCACCCAUUCCCAUUCCGAUUCCGACUUUGGUGCGGUAGGUAAUGACACAUUCGGCAACCGGCGCACGUAUCUAGAUGCGAACGAGUAUCUGAAUCCGUCAUUGCAAAAAUCCGGGGAGCCACACUUGCCCCUAACCUUCCCCCGCGUCUUUUGCUGCGCCACCCGCGUCGUUCAUUAAUAUAUGAGUUUUUGAAAGCGGCAUUAAAUAACGAUAAACAAAUCAAAAGUUCGCCAUGGAUCAGUCGCAAAAUCUACUGGCCAAACAGUCCAAAGACGUGGAAUUCCAAGAUGUUUUCUACACCGUCAAGGAGCGAAAGAACUUCUGGCGCGUGACCGGAGAACGUCGAAUUCUGAACGGAGUCAGCGGGAGUUUCCGGAACGGGCAGCUCUCGGCCAUCAUGGGACCCUCGGGAGCCGGUAAAAGCAGUUUGCUUAAUGCGAUUUCGGGUUUCAGGCGGAAUGGAGUCACUGGAAGCAUAAAGAUUAAGAGGGACAAUGCCUGCUAUAUCACUCAGGACGACCACCACCAGACUCUGCUAACCGUCGAGGAGCUAAUGAAUCUCGCCUGUGAUCUUAAGUUAAAACAUCGUCACAAAAAGGCAGAAAUCAUGACAGACAUCCUAGAGAAUCUCCACUUGAAUCAUCGGCGUAAUGUCACUGCAGAAAAGCUGAGCGGUGGUGAGCGAAAGCGCUUGUCCAUAGCCCUGGAGUUGGUGGACAAUCCAAAUAUCUUCUUCUUGGAUGAGCCAACCAGUGGGCUGGAUGAAGUAACAGCGGCCCAGUGCAUCCGAUUGCUGCAGGCGAUGGCCUACGAGGGUCGCACCAUCGUAUGUACCAUCCAUCAACCUUCGGCGACGAUCUAUAAUUACUUUGAUAGCAUCUACGUUCUGGCAAAAGGCCAAUGUGUCUACCAAGGCAGUCCCAGAGCCACCAUUCCCUUUUUGCGACUUGCUCAGCUCGACUGUCCAAGACAUUACAGUCCCUCCGAUUACAUUAUCGAGCUGGUCGAUGCCGAGGAUGGACAUCUGGUCCCAGCUCUCAGUGAGCUCACUGAGAAUGGCAAACUAAUCUAUGUGGCCAGUCAGUCCGAUCAAUUGGGUGCGUCGCUGGCAUCACAGCAGGCAAUAACCACCAUGUUUGUGGAACAGCAGAAGCGUCCAUUCUUGCCGUCGUUUUUUGCCGGCAGUGCGGCCUCAACGGAUGGAUCUUUAAUAGGAGGCACCAGUGCUCUGUUGGAACAAGUGAGAGCCUUCUCAAAGCGUCUCCAUACGGAUCGGAGGGAUAUAUCUGCAGUUCGGCAGUUUAUGGUUCUUAUGCGGGUUAUGCUGUUGCGGAUAACACGGGCACGUUUGGCCCUGACCAUUCAGUUGUUCCACCAUUUGUUGUGCGGUUUGUUCUUUGGCCUGAUAUUCUUCCAGUUGGGUAACCAAGGUGGUCGGAUGUUUGAUCAUCUGAAAUUCUGCAUUGGUGCUGUCCUUAUGAUUGUAUACACCCAGGUGAUGGUGCCCAUUCUGAGCUAUCCUGCUGAGGUAAAGGUGGUCAAGAAGGAGACCUUCAACCGUUGGUAUACUUUAACACCGUACUAUAUGGCGUUGACGGUGUCGCGUCUGCCACUUCAGGUGCUACUUAACAUUACCUUCAUGGCGGUCACAUACUGGAUGUCCGGAUUGCCUCAACAGUUCUGGCGAUUUGGUAUUUUUGUAGCUGUGGGUUUGAUGAUCUCCUUAGUUGCUGAGGGCAUGGGCCUGGCCAUUGGAGCUACCUUUAGCAUAACGAACGGCAGUGUGGUGGGUCCAAUGAUAAUAGCACCUUUGAUGGGCUUGGCGGUCUACGGAUUUGACUUUGCACCGCGGAUCCCGGCCGGAAUGCAACUGCUGAUGAAGUUCAGCUAUAUUCGCGUUGGCGUAGUUUCGUUAGUUCUAGCCGUAUUUGGUUUCCAACGAGAGGAACUUGAUUGCGAUGAAAUAUAUUGCCACUUCAGUGAUCCUCGGGUACUUCUCAAGUUUUUAGAUGUGGAGAAAGUUUCAAUGUUUCACCAGUUCGGAAUACUGGCUAUGCUGAUGCUAUUCUUCCGAGUGAUUAUGUACAUUAGUCUGCGAAAGCGAUGCUAUGCCUGAUUUUCAUACCAAUACUCCAGAUGAAUCUUACUCCCUAGUUAUAGCCAAUGUCAAUGCUGUGAUGUUCGAUUUUAAACAGACAGAUAGAUACUCCCUGUACAUAUGCACAUAUGCACCAUUCCACUAAAAGGACAAACGUUAACAUAACCAUAAGAUAGUGUUAAAUUAGGAUUCGAUUUACAUAAGGCAAAGCCAAAAAAAUUUGCAAACAUAUUGAUCGCUGAUGCAGUCUUUUGAAUGUGGUCUAUUUUGAGAAAAAAAAAAGUUACCUGAAGAUCGAAAUUAAGUUAAUAUAUUUUAUGAAAAGUUGUAUAUGAUAAUAAGAAAUUAACCUGACACUACCGACAUUUUUUGGAAAUAGGAGGUUAAUUUUAUAUAAUUUUCGUGGUUAAAGUGAUUUUUAUUAGAAUUUUACAAGAAUAAAAACUGUCUUGGAUAUUAAACAUUA